AUUGAGUGUUAAUUCAAAAAACUAUUGAUGACAUCAAAGCUUUCAUUCAAAUCAAACCGUUUGAAUCGCUAUUUUAAUCAGUAUUUCAAUUAAUUGAUAUAAUUUUUAAACAAAUUUUGAUGAAAUUGUUUUUAUUGUAAACUUAAUUUUUAAAUACUUUUUUUAGUUAUUUAUUGAUAUUAAGUGUUUUGAUUGUCAAAUAAAUUGGAUUUUAUAUAAUACGAGUUGUAAUGCUUUACUCGUCACGUGUUAACCGUAAUGUCAAACAUCAUAGCAAACCAUAUGUGUGUCCAAACACUUUCAAAAAGAUUAUGACUCCCGACGGCUGCGUCUAUAUCGACACCGAAGUUAUAUCUGAUGCACAACUGAAACAACUGGACACUUGUCCGCGUGUUUUACUGACCAGAGUUAAAGAUAAUGAAGACGAAGAUGACGAUAGCGAAGAUGUGAUGUCCGAAAUCCUUGGUCUUCCAAAUCUAGGAAAUACUUGUUUUAUUAAUGUUAUUAUACAGGUAUUGCGAGUCACUCCGGGAUUCAGACAAUUUGUUUGUAAAUUAAACAAACAAUUUGGACACAAAUUAGACGACACAAAUCAGAUGAAACUGACCUCAUGUUUACAUCAGAUAUUUGUAAAGUUCAGACAAAAUGAAGUAAACUGUUGUAAGAAAGUGAUUCCAAGUGAUAAUAAAGAACUGAUGAAAUCAUUUAUUAAUAUCUGUCAGUCGUUGACCAAUCGCUUUGAACCGGAACUACAACACGAUUGUCAUGAGUUUAUCGAUUGGUUGGUCAACGAACAGCUUAACAGAUACGCAUCCAUUCGGUUCGAUCGCUUCGACGGAACUCUGGCCACGAAUAGGAUGUGCUCUAAAUGCCAAAUAAGUGUCGCACUUCCCGAUGAAUUGUUCGCCGAUAUUAAAAUACCAACUUAUGUGACAAGUGAUGACUAUCGGCGAAUAUCUUGUGGCCGACAAAUGCCAACAUUUAGUGAUGUCGUUCAUCGCAAAUAUGUUCAGAAAAUUAAAAGUUUUUGUAAAAAGUGUCUAACGAUGACUACUUUCUCAACCAUGAACUCCAUAAAAGUGGCCCCAAAUGUGUUGAUUAUGUUUUUAGAAACACUACCAGACUUUGGACACAAAUCGAAGAGAAAAUCUAAUACAUCAAAGAAGUUAUUUACUCUUCCGUUUCAUUUAAAAUACUCGACAAUUAAUGAAGAAAUACAGUACUCGUUGUACGGCAUUAUAAUGCACUCGGGUUUGCAUAAUAACGGUCACUAUUACGCUGUAAUAAAUUCAUCACAAGAUGUUUUGGCGACUAAACCAUCUGAUAAUUGUUUAUGUGAUGAGAAUGUCCUUUCAGAUUCCUCUUGGAUUAAAGUGAGCGAUGAAGAUGUGAUUGAAGUUAAUGAAGACUAUGUACAACAACUUUUGGACUCUAAAUCGACUCUUCGGUUAGGUUUUUACCGACAAAUAUAAAAUUGUUUGAUUUAAUUUAGAUUUUUUUAUACCGGUAAAUCAUUUUAAUUUUUUUAU